AUGGUUUGCGCAUUUUCAUCGACUCUCAUAUCGCUCAUUUUUGCACUAUUAGCUGAAGGCGCCGCCAUUCCCAAAAGUUUCAAGCCGCAAAGUCCCCAGUUCAUAGCUAUAGGUUUCCAUGUCAUUGAAAAGCCAAUCACUUUUGACCCAAGGGGCUAUUCCAAGCGGGCGGGGCCAGUUUCGCUAAGUUUGAUCGAUGAAGGUGCCGCCUACACUGCUCAAAUCACCAUUGGUUCGAACCAACAACCACAGAUUGUCCAGCUUGACACCGGGUCGAGCGAUUUGCGGGUCGUGGAUGCAAAUGCCCAAUGCCGAAACGGUGAUAGCAAGCAAGGUGGAACAUUUGACCCCGAUUGUUCAUCAACAUGGCAAACUUCCGGUGAGAAAUUCGACAUGGAAUAUGCUGAUGAAACUUCCUCGAGGGGCACAUAUGGUGCCGACACGGCAGGGAUUGGCGGAGCUUCAAUCACGAAGCAGCAGUUUGCUGUGGUCAGCGAUACAAGCUCAAAGAAGGGCGUUUGGGGGAUCGGGUUCAAUUCGCUUGAGGUCACGACUACCUAUGACAAUGUCCCCAGUAGCAUGAGAAAGCAAGGAAUAAUUGCCAAAAGCGCCUACUAG